AUGGCAGGGGAUGAUGGCGAGGCAAAGGUGGUUCGGGGCGCCUCGCUGCUCAUCCUGCUGCAGGUCUUCUCCCGCGCCGUCACCUUCGUCGCCAAUCAGCUGCUCCUGCGGUUCAUGACAGCAUCUCUCCUCGGCGUGUCAACCCAGCUCGAGGUGUACUAUUUGUCCGUCCUCUUUUUCGCCCGCGAGAGCCUGCGUGUAGCCAUUCAGCGGCAGGGGGCCCUGUCGUCCGACUCGGCCGAGCCCGCCAAGGACGAGAAGCUUCAGCCAGGGCGUGACAGCAAGCAGAGCACUCGGGCUCAGGAGACACAGGCGGUAGUCAACCUGGGCUAUGUCGCCAUCAUACUCGGCCUCGCUGCGGCGGCGCUGCUGGGAUGGAUGUACCUCGGCUCCAUCCCCGCCGAAACGCUCCUCACCACUCCUUACUUGGUCCCGUCGGUCUACGUUUUCGCCCUGGCUUCUGUCUUGGAGCUGCUGUCCGAGCCGGCCUUUGUGGUGAUGCAGGUGCGCCUCCAAUUUGGCGCACGCGCGUCGGCAGAGGGCGUCGCCACGUUAGGGAAAUGCGCCGCCACGCUUUCUGCGGCGGUAUGGGCCGCCCGGAACGGCAUCGAGCUGGGUGUUCUGCCCUUUGCGCUGGGCCAGGUCGCCUAUGGAUCCGGUCUUUUGGUCACAUACAGCUGGUACGGCACGGGGUUGGCAAGGGAGGCAGGGUUUUCUCUCCUGCCGAGGCGGUUGGGGCAGGGAAAGGAGUACAUACUGUCGUACUUCUACCAGCCCACCCUCAAGCUCGCGUCAUCUAUGAUGAUCCAGAGCUUCGUCAAACACAUACUGACGCAGGGUGAUACCCUGCUGGUCACCGCCCUUUCUACACCCGCCGCGCAGGGAGUCUAUGCGCUGGCGAACAACUACGGCGGCCUCGCGGCGCGACUGAUAUUCCAACCCGUCGAGGAGAGCAGCCGAAACUACUACAGCCGGCUGCUGUCAGGUGACGAUGAGCCCAAGACAUCCGCGCCACCCACAGAUAAACAGACGGCAGAAAAGGGAGACAACACCAGCAGUCAGGGCGGGCCCCGGCCAUCCAACGCAGCCCUCGCCCAGGCCUCUGAAAACCUUACAAACCUACUGCGAUUCUACACCUUCGUCUCAGUACCCCUGCUCGCCCUGGGCCCGACCGCGGCGCCCCUCGUCCUGUCGCUGAUCGCCGGCCCGCAGUGGACGGCCUCAGGCGCCGGCGAGGCCCUCGCCGCGUACGUCUACUACAUCCCGCUGCUGGCCAUCAACGGGCUCACCGAGGCCUUCGUGGCGUCCGUCGCCACGGGAGCCCAGGUGCACCAGCAGUCGGUGUGGAUGAUGGCCUUCACGGUGCUGUUCGGGGUCAGCGGCUACGUCUUCCUGAGCGUGCUCGACUGGGGUGCGGUGGGGCUCGUCUGGGCCAACGGCAUCAACAUGGCCGGCCGCAUCACCUGGGCUGUGUGGUUCAUCAGACGAUACUUCGCGCAACGAGGUGCGCGGUGGGAGGUCACGGCGCUCUUGCCUAGCUCGCUGGCUGUGCUGGCUGCUGCGGUUGCAAACCAGGCCGUUAGGCGGGUCGUGAACUCCGAAGCUGCGGGCACAGGUGUAAAGGCAGUCUUGGGGGAGCUGAUCAAGGUGGCGGGCACCGCGCUGCCAUUUGUCGGUGUCUUGGCAUUUGCCGAGCGCCGGUUCCUCAUCCAGUGUUACCAAGCUGUCUCGGGAGGCAGAUCCCGAGGUUCACAACCGCAGUAG